GGAACGGCGGCCCCAGCAGACCCGCAGCCGGGCAUGGAGGCGGCGGAGGACGGGCCUCGGGGCUUCCUGCCCCGCUUCAGCCACUUCGCCACGCAGGCCAUCCACGUGGGGCAGGAGCCGGAGCGCUGGAGCUCCAGGGCCGUGGUGCCGCCCAUCUCGCUCUCCACCACCUUCAAGCAGCGGGCGCCCGGGCAGCACGCGGGUUUUGAAUAUAGCCGUAGUGGAAACCCGACAAGAGAUUGCCUGGAAAAGGCGGUUGCAGCACUGGAUGGAGCCAAAUACUGUUUAGCUUAUGCUUCAGGUUCAGCAGCAACUGUGACUAUUGCCCAUCUAUUAAAGGCAGGAGAUGGUAUUAUCUGUAUGGAUGAUGUCUAUGGAGGUACAUACAGAUAUUUCAGGAGAGUAGCCUCUGAAAUGGGUUUGAAGGUUACUUUUGUUGACUGUACCAAAUUGGAAUGUCUAGAGGCUGCAAUUACACCAGAAACAAAGCUUGUCUGGAUUGAAACUCCCUCAAAUCCCAUGUUGAAGGUUAUUGACAUUCAAAGCUGUGCAGAUGCUGUCCACAAACAUAAAGACAUUAUUUUAGUGAUAGACAACACCUUUAUGUCAGCAUAUUUCCAGCGUCCUUUGUCUCUGGGGGCAGAUAUUUGUAUGUAUUCAGCAACCAAAUACAUGAAUGGGCACAGUGAUGUUGUAAUGGGACUGGUUUCAGUGAAUUGUGACAAGCUGUAUGAAAAGCUCAAAUUCUUACAAAAUGCUAUUGGAGCAGUUCCAUCUCCUUUUGACUGUUACCUCUGCAAUCGGGGCUUGAAGACUCUGCAUAUCCGAAUGAAGCAGCAUUUCCAAAAUGCACUAGCUGUUGCUCAGUACCUUGAAUCGGAUUCCCGGGUAGAAAAAGUCAUUUUCCCUGGAUUACCUUCACAUCCUCAGCAUGAGUUGGUUAAACGUCAGUGCAGUGGCUGUCCUGGAAUGAUCACCUUUUACGUUAAGGGAAAACUUGAACAGGCUGUUGCAUUCCUCAAGCAUUUAAAGCUUUUUGCACUGGCUGAGAGUCUGGGAGGAUACGAAAGCCUAGCAGAGCACCCGGCUGUCAUGACUCAUGCUGCAGUUUCUAAAGAGGAUAGAGACGCUCUUGGAAUCACUGAUACUUUAAUUCGUUUAUCAGUUGGUUUGGAGGAUAAAGAGGAUCUACUAGAAGAUCUGGAUCAAGCUUUGACAGCAGCAUUCCCAGAGUACACUGUUCGCAACUAGAAGUCAGAAGUUGGAACACCACACAGCUAAAAUACUCAGAGAAGAUUAAAUGAAAAGCCAAACUGCUGAUGAGUUUCUUCAGAUUUGCCUUUGAAAAAUGAACCCUAUCUUAACCUUAAUUGAAUCUAGGCAGUUUUCAUUUGUGCCUUUAGCCUCACUUUCCAAAGGGAUUCAAUAAGGGUUGUGUACUGGUGCACAAAACGACUUUCAGAUAUGUUAUUCUCAUGUGAUGUUAUCAUCCUUUGCUCUUGUGACUUGGCUAUACUUGAGGGAAGCUAUGAUGUACACUCAGGAAUAGUGUCUCUCUCCCAUUGAGGUUAAAAACUGGUGUUUAUUAUGCUGUACAUGAUAAAUGUGUAUCAUGUUAGAGGAUGCUGCUUUCGGCUGGUGCAUCCUUUUUCUUUCUUUUACCAGGAUUCUGCAGGGUUUUCUUUUUUUUUUUUUUAUCAUCACAUUUACCUCUAACCCUGAAGGUAUAUUUGGAAUGCUGCUUGCUCUAACUCAGAUUCUUUUGAAUGACAACCUCAAAUGUGGUUUGACUUUACUUUUUUUCCUCUAAAUAUUUUGUGCAAUAUUGAAAAUAAAGCAAAAUCAGAUGCCUAAUUCUGCAGAAAACUUAAUGACAUUUUUUGUAAGUUUACUUAAUUUUGUUUAAAUGCUUUAGUUGAUAUUUUGAAAAUUCCAUUAUGCAUUUAAUUAUAAGGUUUUUUUUUCUGGUUCUGUAGCUAAUUUUAUGAGCCUUAGUCCUAUGUUUGAAAUCUAAAGCAAAAGGGAUUGGCUGAAACACCUAUUUUAAAUUCUCUCAUGAAUUAAAAUGAAAUGUAUUACAAUUUGUUAUACAACUGAUGAUUUUGAUAUAAGAAAAUGAGUUUGUUUUUAAACUGUCACCUUUUACUUACAUGAAGGUAUAUGUUCACAUGAAUAAAGGUUUUCUGCAUUGGGUCCAUUGUUUGAAGUUUGUAGAUUUAGGAGGUAUGUGUGCUCAAAUAUCAUCUACUCUCUUAACAUAGAUAUUGAAACAAGAGUUCAGAUCCAUAGUUAUAAUUGAAAAGCUGAAUUUCGAACACCCUUCAACACAAGUAAUCCAGUAAAGACACAGACAGGUUGUAUUGAUAAAGUAACAGCAUUGAGUCUGAAAGUUUCAGUGGACCAUUUUACCCUGAGAAAAUACUUCAGUCUUAAUUCUUGCUUUGUCAAUCUGGAAUUCGUGUUAUUGAAUAUUUGAAUUCCUAAAGUAGAUAAUGAAGGGAAAAAUGGGGCAUUAGUCGCAAACAUGUUGAUGUUUUUAAAAGUGUAGCUUUCUCAAACCUAAAGAUGCCCCUUUUUAGUAAAUAAGGGGUAUUUAAUCAAGUUUAGUUCUUUGGCCUUUUAAAACACCAUCACUUUUUAUUUGUAAUCCAGAAUUGGAUUACAGUGUUCUCUGUGUAUUGUAACUGGAAUGUUUUAGUAAAUAAAGCAACAUCAAAACCA